AUACCACUGACUCGAUCUCUAAUAAGUUCUGUCUAAAUCAGUGAGAUCGUGAAAGACAGACAACUAAUGCAAAUAAUACUAGAACUCGUCCCAAUAUUUACAUUUGAAUUGACUCGAUCAAACACACAAUACACGCAUCAAACCGCAGCAAAGUGCACCAAUUGUGUCUCCACUACAAUGUGUGUGCACUUUCCAAAAUUUAAAUCUAGAACCUGUCAAGCUAACUUUAAAAAGACUUCAAGAAACUCUCUUAACAAUGCAAAAUCCUUAUCCUUAGGUCUUUGCCUCCCUGUCCGGAAAAUUUAUCCCAGAAAAUUAUCCGAAACCAUGGCAGCUAAUCCACGGAGACUUCACUUCGUGUUCGUCCCGUUAUUGGCUCAAGGCCACAUGAUCCCCAUGAUAGACAUGGCCAGGUUAUUAUCUGAGCAUGGAGUGGUCACAAGCUUAGUCACCACGCCACACAACGCGUACAGGUUCGCCACUAGUGUUCGCCGAGCUCAAGCUACAGGGUUGCAUGUUAAUCUAAUAGAAAUUCCAUUUCCCUGUGAAGAAGUAGGAUUGCCACUGGGGUGUGAGAAUCUUGACAGCGUCCCAUCGAGGAACCUCAUAAGAAAUUUCUUCCGUGGGCUGAAUAAGCUACAACAUCCAUUGGAACAGUACUUACAGCAACAUGAUCUUCCUCCAAGUUGCAUAAUUUCUGAUAAGUGCCUUUCUUGGACAUCUCAAAUGGCCAAAAAGUUUAAGGUACCGAGGCUCGUUUUUCAUGGGAUGUGCUGUUUUUCUCUCCUAAGUUCCCAUUAUGUAAAAUUGUACAAACCUCAUCUCUCUGUAAAAUCUGAUUUAGAACCCUUUGUGAUUCCUGGAAUUCCCAUGCGGGUUGAAAUAGCAAAAGCUCAGUUGCCGGGAGCAUUUGUCACUUUGCCGGAUUUGGAUGAUAUUAGGGACGAAAUGCAAGAGGCUGAAUCGAGUGCUUAUGGGGUGGUUGUGAAUACUUUCCUAGAAUUGGAGCAUGGUUGUGUGGAAGAAUACAGUAAGGCUAUCAACAAAAAGGUAUGGUGUAUCGGUCCGGUUUCUCUAUGCAAUAGGGAUAUUUUGGACAAGAUUGAGAGAGGGAAUAAAGCUUCAACCGAUGAAACAAAGUUGUUGGAAUGGCUCGAUUCCAAGAAAACGGAGUCUGUUAUUUACGCGUGCCUUGGCAGCCAGUGUCGUCUGGUUCCAUCGCAACUAAUAGAACUCGGACUAGGUUUGGAAGCAUCAAAACGUCCAUUUAUUUGGGUAAUAAAAACAGGAGAAAGAUUUCCAGAGUUCGAGAAAUGGUUAUUGGAGGAGAAAUUCGAGGAGAGAAUUGAAGGGAGGGGACUUCUGAUCAAAGGUUGGGCCCCUCAAGUUCUUAUUUUAUCCCAUCCUGCAAUAAAAGGGUUCAUAACACACUGUGGUUGGAACUCGACUAUAGAAGGGGUGUGCUCUGGAGUCCCAAUGAUAACAUGGCCUAUGUUUGCAGAACAAUUCUUCAACGAGAAACUUAUCGUGGAAAUUUUGAGGAUUGGUGUUCGAGUAGGAGUCGAGCUCCCAGUUAGAUGGGGAGACGAGGAGAAAGUUGGAGUUCUCGUCAAGAAAGACCAAGUUAAAAGUGCUAUAGAACAGCUAAUGGAUGAAGGAGAAGAAGGUGAAAAUAGAAGAAACAGAGCCAGAGAACUCGAGACAAUCUCACAGAGUGCAAUGGAAUCUGGGGGAGCUGCACACUUCAAUAUAUCAGUUCUAAUUCAGGACAUUUUAGAGCAAUCCUUCCACAGUAGGGAUUAAGUUUAGUAACAUUUACUAGUUAUUUUCAUAGACCUGAUGCUAGCAUUCUACUCGUCUCCUAAUUGUUUCCUCUAAUGGGUAAAGUGUCAGUAAAUUAUCAAGCUCGCUCGCUCAGACUAAAACAUUUACGACGUGUUUGAUAAUGGUGGUAGAAUCCAGAAUUUUAAUAUUAGUGUUUAAUAAAUCA